AAUGAAGUGACCUAACCUCUGCUGACGUUUACGACGGGUUGAUGUGUCAACAUUCCAAAUAACUCGAAGCAUCUCAAAGUCAAGGAGACUCGAAUCUAUAAAGAAGAAACGUAACCAUAAAACGUCGGCGGGAUGUCCGGUUACACCGGCCAGGACAAUACCUAUUGGACCCAAUCGCCACCGUUGCCACAGGGCCAAUUCAACUUCGAGUCGUCCGGUUUCGGUCAACCUAACCAGCAAUUCGAAUUCCAGACCUACAACGAGCAAGCGACUGGCGAUUAUUCAUAUGGGCGCAAGAGUUUUCUCGAUCCUACGCAAAGCUCCUAUAGCAGCGAUCUAUUCACGCAGGAUGAUUAUGCGAGAGGCACCACCGGCUUCGAGGAGGAAGAGGACGAGCCGCCUCUAUUGGAAGAGCUCGGCAUCGAUCCCGACAGAAUAAUGCAAAAAACUCUGGCUGUAUUGAAUCCCUUCCACAGGAAAGGACAGAUCGAUGAUGCGAAUUAUCUGUUGCAAGAUUCAGACUUGGCGGGACCUGUGGCAUUUUGCUUAGUCCUCGCAGCGUUUCUGCUGCUAGCCGGUUCAAAAGCGCACUUUGGCUAUGUAUACAGCUUAGCCAUGACCUCUUGCAUACUUAUGUAUAUCCUGCAGUCUUUGAUGAGUAGUAGCUCUAACAUCACGCUGUCGUCUGUCGCAUCUGUACUGGGCUACUGUUUGUUGCCCGUAGUUGUUCUGGCGGGUGUUGGCGUCUUUACUACGUUGCGAGGCCCGAUUGGCUUGAUUUUCGCGAUCUUGGCCGUCGCUUGGGCAUCUUUGUCCGCUUCUAGACUUUUCUCCACCAUGUCAGGAGAAGAGGAUCAGAAGCUUCUCAUAGCAUACCCAUGUCUGCUUCUCUAUGGUGUAUUUACAUUGAUAAUAAUAUUUUAAGUCAAAAGUUGAUUGAAUUGUAUGUAUAUUUAUAGGAUUUACAUCCAUCUAUAAUUAAACUUUUUGUAUCUGAACAGGAAAAAUAUCUUGUUCAUAUACAGAUUGCCAUUAAUUGUGUAAUAAAGUGAAAUUUAUUUAAAUUUGUAUUUUCUAUAAUUGUACUAUUAAUAAUGAACUGUCUCGUAAAUGUGUUAAUUAUUGGUAACAGUUAAAAGAAUACAUAAUUUAUAUAUAUAAGUUUUU